AUGACCGCUGCCCGGAGCCCAGUAGGUCAGCCGUCGAGCAGCGGCCAGACCGGCGCUGACCUCGCCUCUAUACUGCCUGCUGGCUCCUGGGACUCGCAUGUCCAUGUCGUCGACGAGGAACGAUAUGCCUUCCAUCCAGAUCAUCUCUUUCGCCCCAAGAAAGCCAGUCUAGACGACCUGCUCGCCUUUGAAAAGACACUGGGCGUCUCCCAUGUCUGUCUAGUCCAGGUGUCUGUCUACAAGACCGACAACAGACUGCUGGUCGACACCCUGCGCGAGCUGCGUGGCCAAGCGCGCGGCGUCGUCGUUAUCGACCCGGACACCAUCACCGAUGCCGAGCUGGACGAGAUGCAUGCCGUUGGCGUGCGAGCCGUGCGUCUAAACAUCAAGACCGGCGGCCAGACCCUUGCGCGCGAGUAUUUCUGUGAUCUCUUACAAAAAUAUGCCCGCCGAUUGCGCCCUCGCAACUGGGCCAUCCAGAUCUACCUCAGUCUGCCCCAGUUCAAACUCAUUGCCGACGAGAUCCCCAAGCUGAGCAAUGCCGAGGGCACCGUGCCCGUCGUCAUCGACCACCUGGGCCAUCCCGACCAGUCUCGCCCUGUGUCUGAGCAAGAAGGAUACUCCGAGUUGAUGGGUGCCCUGCGUCGGAAAGAAAUUUACUUGAAGCUCAGUGCAACCUAUCGCUUCCCCAAUCUGCCCGCGUUGGGUACGUACGCCAAAGAGGUCAUUCGUACGGCCCCAACACAGAUCGUCUGGGCCAGUGACUGGCCACACACGGGCUCAAUUGAAUAUAACCCCGGUGGAAACCGCAAGAUCCACCAAGACUAUCGACGCGUGGAUGACGUGGGAUAUGUUAAACAGUGUAUAGACUGGUGUGACGGUAACGAAGAUUUGAUCCGUCAAAUCUGGGUGGAGAACCCCCGAAGACUCUGGCAAUAUAAUGAGCCAAUCGAGCAAAAAUUAUGA